GGCCAUGCAAUAAGUUGAAUGGUCUUUUGAUUGUGUUCUUUCUCUGUGACAUUUGAUACUCCUUAUCAUGAGCUGUACUGAGAUCAAUGCACGGUGCAGUGGACAAUGAAAUCUGUGCUGGGCAAAAACUGUGAGUCCUGGUCGGGCCCGCCCAGCACCGCCCACCGUGGCUACAACACUGGUGGGAAGGAAAAUGGGGCUCACAAAGAUUUUGCUGAUUUAAUCAUUUUCAAUUUCGUAAGGCACAAGAGCUGUGGGCCUGCUUGCAGUAGCGUAGUGUUGAAGCAAUCAACAAGCAUCUGUCAUCUUUGACGCAGACCUUCCUAGAAAGAAAGAUGGCAUGUAACCAUGGCGACCAUUCAGUACAAUUUGACAUGAUUGUUGCUGCAGAUGAUAAGAUGGGGAUAGGGAUAGCUAUGAGCCUUCCUUGGAAGUUACCAACGGACAGAAAGUUCUACUUGGACAAAACAAACAAAGUCAGCCCAACUAAAAAGAAUGCCCUGAUUUGCGGUCGACUCACAGGAUCAGUUUCACAAGGAGAAAAAAAUCCAAACGUCCUGCGUUUCAUCCUGAGUAAUACUUUAGAGCAAAAGCCACCUCAUGCUGACUACCUCUGUAAAAAUCUGGACGAAGCACUGGCAAUUAUCGGAAGUCCAGAAGUUAGGAAUGUUGUGGAUAACGUGUUGAUAAUUGGAGGCUAUGCAGUGUACAAGGCAGGCUUGGAGUCUCCUCAGCUCCGGAGAUAUUACAUCACACGUGUCUAUGGUGACUUCAAGUGUGAUGCAUUCUGCCCAGAUGUCGACUUAACCAAGUUCAAGCUUGUAAGUGAUCCAGACAUCGGCAGCCAUGUUUACGAGGAGAAUGGCAUCAGAUUCAAGUUUGAAGCUUAUGAGAGAAUCUAGCUUCUAAACAGGAUCGUCAGAACCUUGGCUUAGGCAGGUCAGGUUGACUCAGUGGUUUCUGUCCCAACUUCACCUCUGUCCAGACCGGAGCCACGAUGUGGAUUGGGUUUUUUAUUUCCUAUCUGACUGCAGGGGUUUUCCCUAUGCCGUGACCUCCAAAAAGGAGGCAGAUCGUUGGACAAUAGCUGUUCUCUGUGCGUAAAAAUGGCACGUGACAUCAGUGUACCUGUAGGGUUAUGCGUUAUGCAAGAGGGAGCUAUCGAUUUCUUACACAAUACAAAACACGCCUCUGAACAAUGCGCCUAAUUUUGGGUGUCCACUCUCUUUUGUGCAUGUACAUGUACAAGUAUAUCAGAUUUUGACACCCAAAAUGACACCCAGGAAAGGCACAUCU